UUGCAGUCGGCUUUUAACUUUCGAAGAGAAUUGACCAGUAAAACGAGCGGAUCGUCACCAUGCGUAUAUUAAUAAGAAGUUUCUGGUUGAUGGCUCUUGCCCUAGUAACAAUGUCUGAAGCAGAGGAAAAUGUUGAAGCUCUGCGCUCCGUUGUGGAAGGUGCAAAUCAAUUUAGUUCUUCAUUUUUCCAGACUGUGGUACGACAUAAUCCUGGCAACCUUAUAAUAUCCCCUUUAAGUGCAAGUAUUGCUCUUGCUAUGGCUGCUUGUGGAGCUCGUGGAAACACAGAAGCUCAGUUUAGAAAUGUACUUCAUCUACCAACAUCAGAGAGUGUUGUCACAUCUGGUUAUCAGUCACUUAUUGAUAAUCUCAAUAGUUUUAAAGACAAUAAAUUGGCUGUUGCAAAUAAAGUCUUCGUAGCUGCAAGUUUAAAUUUGAAACCAAGUUACAAAAAUUUGACUGAAGUUUAUUUCCGCUCUUCUUCUCAAUUGGUAAACUUUGCUCAAAGUCAGGAAGCUGCAAAUAUUAUUAAUAGUUGGGCCGAACAAAAUACAAAUAAUCUCAUUAAAGAACUUAUUACUGCUGAAAUGCUAGGUGACACGACAAGGUUGGUACUUGUCAAUGCAAUAUAUUUUAAAGGCCAAUGGAAAGAUAAGUUUGACCCUCAGUUCACGAAAGAUAAGCCAUUUCACAUUAGUACAGUUGAAGUAAAAGAUGUUCCUACAAUGUAUAGACAUGGUACAUAUAAACUUGGAAGACUUCCAGAUUUAAAUGCUAGAUUCAUUGAAAUGCCAUACAAGGGUGACGAAUUGAGUAUGAUCAUAAUUCUUCCAAAUGAAAUUGAUGGUUUGUCUGAUGUUGAGAAAAAAUUACAAAAUACAAGUUUGACGAACAUUCUAAGUGAAGGAUAUGAGAUGAAAGCGGGGUUAUGGUUACCAAAGUUCAAGGUGGAAACUAUGCUUGAACUCAAUGAUGCUUUAAAAGAGAUGGGUUUGACUGAUGCGUUUACUGCAGCUGAUUUUUCUGAGAUUGCUGAUGGUGAAAAUUUGUAUAUCAGUGAUGUUAUACAAAAGGCAUACAUUGAAGUGAAUGAAGAAGGAAGUGAAGCUGCCGCUGUUUAUGAUCCCAUGAUGGACUUCUUCAGUCUUCCUUACAGAACGAGGAUGAUUAUUAAUAGGCCUUUCUUUUAUUAUAUCGCAAAAACUGUGAAUGUUGGAAAGGAAAAUAAUAUGAUACUUCCACUAUUCUGCGGUUCUGUUAACGAACCCAAACUCUAAGCACAGUAGUGUCAUAAUAGCAAUACCAUAGUAAUGUGAUAAUUAACACUUUACUGACCGCUAGCGGUUUAACAGCAUACGCACGUUCGAUCGGUAGCUCAGGCGCAGGCUCUCCCUGGCGCUGGCUCUGUUUCGGUUUAGACUUUCCAAUAGCAUUCUUUUCGUUCAUCGCGAACGGUAAGUUUUUCAAAUUGGUAUAAAACUGUUGGAGCUUACAAAGCAACGCAACUGACGCAAUUGAGCAAAGUACCUUGCUACUAAGUAACAAAUUACUGUUCAAACAAUGAGAAAGAUUGUCGGCGAUAAAAAGCUGAUUAAUAGGCUAUCGGUCGCUAAAGUGUCAAUUCGUAUGCUUUGCAGUUACAGGCAUUCUAAUAAUACCUUGUCUCACAAUAAAUGUAAACUUAUGCAAAUGAAA